AUGCCGCCCAGUACGCCGUACAAGUCGUAUGGCCAGGCGCGCUCGACGCCGUACGAUGACGCGCAUCGAGGAAACAUGGAGUCCGAACUGUCGCGUCAGGAUGUACUAGCGCGAGGUCGUCGACCAUUUCAGCAGCCUGGUCUAUUCCACAAGGACUUGCGAUUGCUUAUGUAUGCGUACGGCGACGUGCCGAAUCCUGCGCCGGAGAGCGUCGCUGUGCUGGAGGAAAUGACGGUCGAUUUCCUGACUGAUUUGUGUUUGCGUGCUGAGCCCAGUGUGUAUGCUUUAGGUCUUACGCAGUCGCAUCUGGCGGCUUCGGCGACUGAUAUGAAUAAUGGCGAGCCAGCGUCGUCUACGGCAUUGCGUGGACACCCAUCAGCUAUACAGACGUACCGCCAGCGCGCCAAGAUGGAGGAUUUUAAGCAUGCACUUCGCAAUGACCGCAAAAAGCUUGGGCGUCUCGAGCAGCUCUUGUAUGCCGACAAAAUGGUGCAAGAAGCGCGUCGUAUUGGCGGUGUCGAGGACGUGGCGGCGAGUGCUGGGGCUCUUGGGCACGGGGAUGGCAAGGGACCUACUUAG